AUGGACUAUCCCAUGUUCAACGCGUCGGGCAUGUACGGUGACGACGAGUUCCUGACCACGACGAUGGACGAGUUGGUGAACCCUGUGUACGCCACCACCGACAUGACGGACCUGGACGACAAUGGGUGGGAGCUCGUAGCCGGCGGAUUUGGCUUCCCCGACGAGCAAUACGACUUCUGUCUUGACAUGCCAGACGGAGUCCCCCCCCUCGAUAUCAGCUGCGAAGCGGCGGUGGACGAAGGAGCGUUCCUCCUCUCACGCAGCGAGAGCGGAGACGCGUCUGCGUCCACUGAGGCGCCAUUGGUACAGCGCAGCGAGGGCGGAGACGCGUCUGCGUCCACGGACGCACUGUUGGAACAGCGCACCCUCGCUUGGUAUAUUCCCGUGCCGCAAGCUUCGCACGGACUCUUAGUGUGCACGCUAUGCGGCCAGGCGGUGGGGUCGACAGGCACGAAAGCACACGUGAGAAGCCACUGGCGCAAAGGUAGACACUCUCCGGAGGCGACCGAUGCCGAGCUCGAAGCGGUAUUCGAGUUCUGGGAAGCCAACCGCGAGAACUUGGGCCGUGGCAAGGAUACCUGGAUCGCACCACAGACACUACCAGAACCGAUUCCGUUUAUCGCCGUAGUGAAUACGUUUCUGUGUCCUGUGGACGACUGCAAGAAGCUCAUCCCCGUCUCCAGGGGUGAGACGAAAAAGCCCGAAUCUGCCUGGAGAGACCACUUGAGGACCCAGCAUGGGAUCACCGAGUUUGCGCGCGCCUGCCGUCCGGGCAACGCGACCGCGCUGCAGACGCGCCUCGACAACCAACAGCCGGGUAGCGAUGUACCAGCGUGGGGCAAGGCGGUUAGAGCACAGCGGGUAUUUGGUCAAGGAUGCUAUGUCGCCCUGGCUUCCCAACCAGAGGCGAAGCCAGCUCCUCCAACAAUCGAGUUGCUGGGAGUCUUCGCCGGGCUGAAGCAGGUCGUCGCAAGACAGGAAAAGCAGGGGCGUCUACAUAUCGCUCCACCUAGUCGAUAUGAGACGAACCCUUGGGCGAAAGCCAUUGGCUUCGCCGACACCAUGCAGGGGCUCCACCGCAUCAACGCAAGACAGGUGCUUGAUCGUGCAGAUGGGGAUGUAGACGAGACCUCUGCAAAGGUGUUUGAUAUAACAGGGACGCUGCUGCUAAAGUGUCAUGCCGCCCUGGGAAAGACAGGGGACUAUCGACGGAAGAUGUUGGGGCAGGUGGACCCGGGAACGCCCGUCAUCAGGCCCGUCGGCCCCUACGAGGCGGACACCACUGUCAAGACAGCUGCGAGGGUGGUCCAGCAGUGUCUGUCGUUUUUUACGCGGACACAACAGAGCAGCGAGGUUCGUGCGGAAGUGCCAGCGUACGUGACCAAUGCGGAGGUGGAUGCUGCAUGGACCAACUUGCGCGAACAUCUGGAGAGGGGGGUAGAGGUUGACCUAGUCGGCCGGGAACGAUUGCCUAAUGGCACCGUCCUUACCGCGCCAGAGAGGCUGGUGCUGGCGUUGUUCGUGCAACUACUGCGGCAGACCGCCGACGACACUGAGUCGUCUGAGUUGGGCCUGGUAGUGGCGCUGACGGUCCUGGGAAUUGUACCCCAGGAGGAGAGAUUCAAAACCGCAAACGAGUACAGUUCGAUGAUGACGCACUUCACCAAGAUGGCCCGGUGCGCGGUGAACGCUAUAUGUAUCGACACGGCCGAGCUACGGGUCCUGGUGGAAGAGGCACUUAUGACAAACGUCAACACAACCAUGGCCUGGGUUACAGACAGGAAGCGGUACGCACGCGCCGUGCAUAAGGCGCACCGACAGCCCGGCAAAAUGACAUGGCUCGAGAAGGACCAGGCCUUCCUGUACGGGGAGCACCGGCUUGGCCUCCGCCAGCUAGGCCUUAUUGUCGCAGGUCUGCUGGAAGAGCAGCGGAGUGUUCUGUGCAACGAGUUGCUGCGUGUCGACAGCCUGGACAACGUGCCGACAAUCCCUUGGGAGCGCUUGGUGGAUGUUGUGCGCAAUGGCGCGUUUGAGAGUUGCUGGACGGAUCCCGUGAACGACAGGGCGCUGGCGCAUGGCAACGGCUGGCUUGAAGACCACAUUGCCACCACGUGCGCGGACGAGUUUGCGGACGCCACCAAGUCGCGUAUUAUGGACAGGGCGGUGGUCAACUACCGUCACAGCAUGGAGAAAUUUGCGUCCUCCGGUGUCGUGCAGGCGGUCUUGGGAAUGACAAUGUCGAUGCGCGCCACAACCGCAGCCACCAUUCGCUGGCGCAACAACGACAAUGGCAGCGAGAAGCGGAACUUGGUGGUGCAGCGCGGCCGCUUGACGUUGGUGGGAGGGUAUACAAAGACCUCCUGGGCCGGGCACGAGGCCCCUAUGCAUGUUCUCCCGGACGAGGUGGCACAGCUAUGGGGUUUGUACGUAUGGCUUGUGUUGCCGUUUUGGAAACUGUUGCAGGCAUCGUCUCCGCUCCAACAUAAGGAGCAAGACCAAGGCUUUCUCUUCCAACUACCGCGAGGGAAGCGAACAGACGUGGCAAGGUGGGCAUCGCCGGCGGUGUGCCAAGCCACCGCGACCGUCCUCGGCAGGGGAUUGACAUUGCAGCCUGCGAGGCAGUUAGUUACCCAGUUGGUAUUACGCUACAUACCAGCUGAUAUGGUAAACGUGAGAGGUCUCGCGCAAGACGCGGACGGGCUCCAGGGAGGGGCGGAGGCGGUUCUGAGGAGGAGACGAGGAGGUGCCGCCAGGGGUCGGAGGCGCCACAGCGACAGCGGAGGCGACACCAGCAGCGACGACAGCGACGAUGAGGGGCACCUGUUUGAGAAGGACAGCGACAACGUCGAUGAGCACGAUCUGGUGCAGGCCGCCAGCGCAGGCGGAAGGACCGCCGCCGCCGCUGGCGAAGAACAGUUUCAGGAAUUUCGCCAAGAGGUACGGAGACGCCAACGCUUGGCGGAACAGACCGGCCAUUCCUUGCAGAUGGAGCUCACCAACUACAACGGCGACGAAACAAUCCAUCCCAACCUUGACGAAUUGGCGAUGCAGCAGUGGAUGGCAGUGGGCGAGUUUUGGCACAAGCUUCUGAAAUUCCCUUCCGCCCUAGAACGCUACAACAAUGCUGUAGCACACCGUCAGGGUCGCAAGAGGCCACAAGAGUCAGGCGGACAUGUUCGUCAGGUGAAGCAGAAAGUCGAGGCCGACGACGUGAGCCAAAACAACGACGGCAGCGACGACGGCGGGGACGAGACACCAUUGGUGACAGAGCAGCAGGCGCGGCGUUGGCUGCGCACCAUGGUGCAGGACGACAAAGCCGUCUUCCGAGAGCGGCAAUGGGCAACGCUGGAUGCCCUGUUCAACGGCCGGGGCGAGUGCUUGCUGGUGGUGGAGCCGACCGGAGGCGGAAAGACGGUGCUGUCGCUCCUCCCGACGCUGCGCCCCGGAGCGCACCUGACUAUGAUUGUCACGCCAUUUAUUGCGCUUCGAGUCGACGUUGAACGUCGAUGCGCAGAAGCGCAGAUCCCAUGUCUUGUGUGGAGACCGACCAGUGUCGCCAGGCCGGGCAUGUUCCCUGACACGGGGGUAGUGGUUGUGAUGGUAGAACACCUAAACACUGAGAAUUUCAGAGCGGGGCUACGGUUGCUUCAAGCGCAGGACCGCUUGGAGCGGGUCGUGAUUGACGAGGCCCACCUCGUCCUGACAGCAAGGUACUGGAGAAGUGCGGUCACGCACAUGUCCAUCCUGACCACAAUGGGCGCGCAUUUGCUGUUCCUCACCGCGACGCUCCCUCCAUCGCGAGAGGCGGAGCUGUUCAACGCGAUGAACCUGAGCACACAGUGCACACGCACGUUGCGAGUGUCUGUUGGACGACCUAACGCGGCGUACUCGGUGAGGAACGCGCUGGAGGAGAUCGAGGGUAGAGCGGGCUUGUGCGGCCUACGCCGGGCAGCCGAUUUUGUGGAGGUGUAUCGUUUACGCGCGGGACGCAACCAGGCUGGCAGGGUGCGCAAGACAAUCGUUUUCCUGGACCAUAGGGGAAUCCUUGAUGAGAGGGGCAGUGCCUCUCCACAUUAUUUGGUGUACCACUCCAAGGUCGACCCGGGCGAAAAAGAGGACGUUCUCAACGGCUUUCGUGAGACGGAGGGCGCGGUCUUGUGGGCGACAACCGCGGCGGAGCACUCGCUGGAUGUAAGCGACGUGGACGACGUCAUUUACGUCACCCAGCCAGAGUCGCUCGAACUGUUUGUACAAGGGGCAGGUCGUGCAGGUCGCGACGGGCGAGACGCAGAAGUGAUUGUGCUCUCAGGCGUGCAGUACACCCUACCCUCGAAGGCGCCAGCGGAGGUGCAGACCCGCAACCGUGAGGUAAUGCAGACCUUCACGCAGCUGGAAGUGCCGUGGACGGAGGCAAAAUGCCGGCGCAAGGCAAUCGCCGCGUACAUAGAUGGGGAUGACACGCGCGAGGGAUGCGUUGAAGGGGAAGAGCGGCGAUGUGAUGUGUGUGUGUGGCACGCACUGGCUGGUACUGGCGUGGUGCCGGGCGCGGAAGGAGCAGGACACAAGGAGGAGAGCGACGACGAGGACGUGCUAGAGGGAGGCACAGGAGAGGCUCUGGGGCAGAGGUUGCACGCGCACCAGAGUGAUGCGACACCUGAACCGGACGCGACGCCCAUGGCGCGCGGUAGCGCCCGAGCGCACAGGGCGUCCCCGUCGCCGCCGCCGCCGCCGCCGCCACGCGAGGACCCUGGCAAGUCACGUGUCGGACAGGAGACGUCGCCGCAGCGCAGUACCAACCACGCUGCCGGGUCUUCACCCGCACAAAGGCGAGCACUGCCAGUGACGCCUUGCAGGACCCAGGCUCAACGGUCCCUGCCUACGCCAGUGUCAGCCACCCCGCGUGGAAGAGACAAGGAGUACAUGUUUAGUAAUGAAGGCGCAUCCAGAACACCACCACCUUCAUAUGGAAGUCCGGCAGCCGUGGUGCCCCCAAGGGCAACAGACGAUGACCGCAACAGAGCCAGGACAAAUUGGCAAUGGAUGGCAGUAUGGAACAGCGUCGAGACGCCGUGUGGCUCUGACCGAGUGAAAUCCAUGCUGGAGUUCUGGUCAACGCAUUGCGCAGUGUGCGCGCUCGAGGAGGGACGCGAAUUCCAUCACACCAAAGCAGAGUGUCAGGGCUCCGACCUGACUGUUGAACUUGGUACGGCAUCAAUGCAUUGGUCGAGGAGGGCGUCAGAGGGCGGCUGGAAGAUGCAGAACCACACCGGCUGUUUUCAAUGCAAGGUCCCCCAACCUCACUGUCCAGGAUAUGGCAAGUGCUGCAUCGUAUGGCAGCAUGUCAUUGUGGACGCAUGGGCGGCCUGUACCAUGCGCGACGACGUACGAGGCUGGCUGCUGCACGGCAUGGGUGAUUUGGACAGUCUGACAUCAUCGACGGCUAAAGCCCUCUUGGGAAGGGCGAGACGCAUACUUGGUCCAGAUGGCCAUUACAGCAAAGGUUCUGAUCUGGUUGUGCGGUUAGUGGACGCCACAGAACGGUUCUUCACCAAGAAGAAUGAGGAUGGGGCGCACGAUCUCUUGCAAGAAGUGGCGAUAUUGCAUACGUGA